AGUUCUGUUUCCUACAGUUGGCCUUGGCAGAGUUAUACGAAGAUGAAGCCAAAAGGCAGUCAUUGUGUCCCAACAAACCAACACCUACAAAGAUCAGUAGCACAAAAGCAUCACAGAGUCUUAAAAUUGAUUCUCUUAGAAGGUUGAGAAAACCAGAAAGAAGCAUGAGCGAUGACAAAGAAAACCAAAGAUUUUAUUCAGGUGACUCGGAAUAUAGAGGAUUACAUAUUUCUGGGGCUUCUAAUAAUCCAAGUAAAAUUGUUGCUGAACUCUUCAAGGAAGCAAAAGAACAUGGGGCUGUCCCAUUAGACGAAGCCUCAAGAGCAUCUGGUGAUUUAAGUAAAGCUAAGUCAUUUUCUGGUGGUGGAUAUAGGUUGGGUGACUCAUCACAAAAGCACUCAGAAUACAUAUAUGGAGAAAAUCAAGAUGUUCAAAUUUUGCUGAAACUAUGGAGGAAUGGCUUCAGUUUAGACGAUGGCGAGUUGAGAUCCUAUUCAGACCCAACAAAUGCUCAAUUUCUUGAGUCUGUUAAAAGAGGGGAAAUUCCUGUGGAACUGCAGCGACUUGUUCAUGGUGGACAGGUUAAUUUGGACAUGGAAGACCACCAAGAACAGGAAUAUGUGAAGCCUAGACUGCGAUUUAAAGCUUUCAGUGGUGAAGGGCAAAAGCUGGGAAGCCUUACACCCGAAAUAGUCAGCACACCUUCUUCCCCAGAGGAGGAGGAGAAAUCCAUUCUUGAUGCGCCUGUUCUGAUUGAUGAUUCCAUGCCAGCAACUAAAAUUCAAAUUAGAUUAGCAGAUGGAAGCCGAUUAAUACAAAGAUUUAACCAAACACACAGGAUUAAGCAUAUUCGAGAUUUCAUUAUCCAGUCCCGUCCAGCUUUUGCAACAACUGAUUUUGUUCUUGUGACUACCUUUCCAAAUAAAGAGCUAACAGAUGAAAGCCUGACUCUACAAGAAGCAGAUAUACUUAACACUGUGAUUCUUCAGCAAUUAAAGUAAUCUUACAGUUGGUGGUACAAUAUGGGGAGCAUGCUGUAUUGUCAUACAAUAUGUUUCCAACAGAUGAAGAAAAGGAAAGAUCAGUGUCGUCUUGUCCCUCCUCUUCCAUGGAUCAGAUUUUUGGGUUUCAUGUCU